AUGCCUCCGCCCGCAGCCCUCUCCGCGGGCGGGAAGCAUCCACACCAUUAUGGCAGCGACUGCGAUGGCGACCACAGUGAUCCCAAGUGGGAGAAGGUGCUCUGGCGCAGGCAGCCUUUCCCCGACAACUACGUACCGCCUUCCUUCCUCGCCGAACUAGACGAGCUGCCACAGCGUCCGAGGCCUAAACUUGUCCCGCUGAUUCUGGCUACGCUGCCCGUGUCGCAGCACCUGGCUGUCAUCACGCUCUUCCUGGCCAUCUUCUACGGUAUGCUUGUUGGCAGCUUUGGCGCCGAGGAGGUUGGGUGGGCUUGCGCCUUUAUGGGGUUGGUCGCGUAUGGACUGUGGAGAGUCGGUUGGGAGGUUGCGCACAAGGAGAACAUUGGACCCCUCCUCCCCGCAACUUCGGCUAUCCGACCACUUCUCCUCCCUCCCCUCCUUCUAGGCCUCCUUGCACCUGUCCUUGGAACCCUAACUUCCGCCACGACGAGCGACUCCAUUUGGCCGCUCGCAGGCCUCCUCUUCUUCGUCCACCUCCUCCUGACCGACUUCCGCACCGGUCCCGACAGGCGGCGCAAGCGUCGUCGCCUCCUCAGGCGGAGGAGCAGUAGCGGCUCACACACUGACGAGCCAGUCGAGGAGAAGAGCCUGACGUCCUCCCUUUCACUCACAUCUGCGCUAUCUGCGUCGGUGGUGCUCGCCUCCCGCCUUCCGUCGACGGGGCACGUCUUCUCCCUCGUCAUGCUCGCGGCGGGACUCUUCGCUGGCUGGCCUAAUCUGGCCAAGGGCGUGCGGGAAGCGGGCCCAGUCUUCUCCGUCGCGCUGACGUUCUCGAUGAUCUGGCUAUCGUCGUCACUCCUCCCGCCGCCCAGACACGCCGCCUUCCUCGGACCCAUCCCACUGCCUAGCGGCGCGACCCGCGUCUUCUUCGCGGUACUGCUACUCGUCAACGUCGGCGGGCCGCUUAUGUUCUGGUGGGGUUGGCGGUGGAAGCGGCGGUUGGGCGGCAAUUGGGAUGUUGCAGUAGUUCGCGUGCGCACACGGGCAGCCUACAGUUGA